CAAGACCUGCUAGCAUGCCGUGCUCUUAGAAAACCAAAACACAGCUAUAAACUAUACCAUUAUUCUUCAUUGAGUAUUUAGAUUAAAACAUGUUCAAUAAUAAACUGAUCACAGAGUACUAUUCUUCUUUUAAAUUAGAAUAAUGGCAUUAAAGGCAUUUCUACAAAACUGCCAGACUUUCUACUGUCAGAUUGUGUUUGGGCUCAUAUAAUACCUAGAAAUUAGUGUAGUGAGGGAUAUGGUUUUCUUUAUUUACAUGUGUAAAGUUAUGUCACCACAAGAGGGAGCCAGAGAUGUAUGUUAAAAGAGGAAGCACAUGCAAUCAGGAUUUGGAAUAACUGUGAGCAGAAGUGGCGGUCCAGAAGAAAGCAGCAUGAUGUGUGAGAUGUUGCUUUGAGGGUCACACACGCUACACUUGGAUAUCUGCCUUUUAUCCUUUGUACAUGGCAUAGGGCUAUUGGGGAUUUUCUCUUUCCUUUUCCUCUCAUUUGUAUGUGCUUUGUCAGUCAGAGGAACCCAAGGAACCUAGGACUAUGAGUGCAGAGUGUUCUAGUUAUACUACAGCCGAGAAGGUUGUGGUAGGUGCUUUCAGCUGUCCCAAGGCAGACAGUGACAUGGGUGCCAUAUACUGCUGUGGAUUUAAGGACAUAAAGUAUUGCUGUGAUGAUCCCAACAGCUUUUUCCCAUAUGAGCACAGCUACAUGUGGUGGCUGAGUGUGGGAGCUCUUGUGGGCCUGUCCAUAGCAGCUGUGGUUCUGCUGGCAUUUAUCAUUACUGUGUGUGUUCUCUGCUAUCUCUUUAUCAGCAACAAGCCACACAACAAGCUGGACACCGGUCUGAGCUUACAGACAACAGGGACAGAACAAAAUUCCAUAGAAGGUCCCAGCAGAUCCAGCCAAUCAGUUGCACCCAAUGGUUUCAAACGUCAUUUUCUGAGCCAUAAACUGGACUGUGACAACCAGCCUCAAGAUCCAGACAGACUGUUUCAGAGAUGUUUCCUUGCGACUGUGACCACAAUCAAUGUACAAGGACCUUCCUGAGCAAGAUUCUCUAACAUGUCAUUGUGGUUUCGAUUUGAGUUUCUAAAAACACCUGCUUGGCUUCAGACAGCUGGUGCUGUAAACACAAAUUACCUUGCAUUUCAUCA